AUGGAUUCCUUUACACGUCAGCGAAGGGGCUCUGGAGGAAGGGAUAUCGAGGUCCCUGCUGGAGCUUCUGAGCCAGAUUAUCAGGCAGCCUUGGGCCAAGAGGACAGCGAGCAACAGCCUGCACCUGUACGUCUAGGAGAAAUGUCUCCGGGCAUGUUGGAGCAGGGCGGGGUUCCGGCAGAGCCGGAGACGCCUGCCAACUUGUUUGUGGCAAGUCCUUUUCAUUCUGAGAAGGUGAAAUCAGAAGUGGAGCUUCUCAGAUCGAGACCGGCGACGUUGGAUGAUGACGGAAGGCGUGCUGGAAUCGAUUACGAUGAGGCAGCUCUUGGAGAUUCGAGCUUUUUGAGUGGCGGCAGGGAACCGGACUAUAGCUUAGCUGGCCAUGGAUCUCGUGGAGGAGCUCCUAAGCUGGCCCGAGUGGAGAUAGCAGGCGAGCAUGCUGUUGAGCAGUCUGGUGAAGCCGAGGAGCAAAAGCCUGGCAUAGUUGAGGUGCAACCUGAGACUGGGCGAGGCUGGGAAAUUACUGGCAAGGGUCGGGGCGCAAAUCCGAGGGAUGGAUCCGCGAGCACUUUUGCUGGUGAGAAACCGGGAGCUUCAGACGCUCGAGAGCUCAUUCCUGACUCUGGUUUUUCCAGGAUGGAACAGAUGAUGUUGCAAGUGAUGCAGGAGAAUGCUGCUCUGCGGCAGAGACUGGAAGCGGUGGAGUCUCAGUCAAGCGGCCUGAGUGGAGGAACCUGUGUGACAGCGCUCGAAGCUCAGGUCAGUUCGCCGAUGUCUUUCGCUGGGAAUGUACAGAGUUGCGUGGCCGCGCCACGAGAGAAUCGUCUUGUACAGAUGCCGAGUGCGUUUCCGGGCAACGAUUUCCAAGGAUAUUUGGCUGGCGUUGAGGAUUUUGCGCGUGGGGAAAAGGGGAUACCGAGUCAAGGCGUUCCAGGGUCUUCUCCCACUGUUGCAGAGGGGAUCUCGUCCUUUAGCGCUCCUGGGGCAUUUCCUGAGGAACCAGCGAAGUACAUUAUCGACCUGCCUAAGCUUGCUGCUGCUGACUUGACCACUAGCGCCGUAACAUGUGGCAACUGGCUUGCGCAGACACGCCAGGUUUUCGCGGGGCUUUCGCCGUCAGCGUCUGUUUGGUUCAGCUCGGUUGAGGGCGCGGCUAAUGCAAGCUAUCAGCGUUGGCUUGUAGCAGAUCCGUUGGAACGGCUAGCUCUCGAUCCCUCCACGGUUGUUGCUCACUAUGAUGCCGUCAAGUACCAGCGCGUAGAAAGUAGGGCAGCCCCAGACCCCAAGCUUCCCAGCACAUCUGCAUCUUCUCAGACGCCGAGUCCCACUGUGGCAGCGGUAUUUGGAGAGGCGGACGCUGGUAAAGGUGCAAGCGCAAAGGUUUUGAGGGUUGGCGAGUGGAACAUAGAUGAGACUUGGCUCUGUAGCGCUGUGAGUGCAUCCAAUCUUGAGUAUGCCUUGAUUGACUCUGGUGUCACUGAAUUGCACGUUAACGAGUAUGGGACCUUGCUUAGCCCUGUUGAUUGCCAGCUCAUAUUGCCUGCCGGGUACUUAGUCAGUAUGGGUUACCGCCUGAAGAAGUGGAAGGGCUCCGUGAGGCAUAUGGGUUGUCGCCAGCGGAGUCAUUGGCGAUCUCGGAUCACCACCUUGUACUCUUUGAGUGUCGACAUUGCUGGACCGUUCAAGGAUGGUCGCAGUUUUGACCCGAUUGCGUCUGGCAGGGAUCGUGGACGUGGCUAUAAGUACUUCAUUGCUGCAGCGUACUCGAUACCCUUGAGUCCCGAGUUGCGACCUGAUUUGAGUCCUCCUGAUGAUCUAGCUGAGUAUUGUCCUUCUGAGUGUGAGCAAGAAGCUGCAGGGGUAGGACCUAUAGCCGAUGAGGCGUCUGAGGAUUGCUCUGAGUGGCUGGACGGGGUACAUGAGCAGCUCCUGGCCCUGAUUUACCGGGGAACGCUGCAGACGGGGCAGAAGAGGUUGGAGUCGUUUGGGUACCCUGUUCACCGCUACUUCGCAGACCGUGCUAAAGAGCUGAGGAGCCAUGCUUUGAUUCAGUGGCUUCGAGAACGCGGCAUUCGUGCCUCAUUUACCGCAGGAGAGGAUCCUGCUGGAAAUAAGGCAGAGGUCAGUGUCCAGCGGUUGAAGCAAGAUGCCAGGAAACUCCUUCGCGUUGCCGAUCUGCCAAUCGAGUUUUGGCCAUUUGCUAUUCUUCAUGCUUCGCAAAGACACUUUGUGCAAAUGGCUGAGGCUUUGGGUGUGGGACAGGCUGUCCUUUUACCGUUUGGGGUAUGGUUGCAUGCGCGAAAGCGUUUGAAGUCGGGUCAUAAGAAGCAUUGGGAGACACGAACUGUUCCGGGCAAGUACCUGGGGGUUGCAACUGAUUGUGCUGGUGGGCACCUGGUGUUAAUCCAGGAUGGGUCCGAGCAGCGUGUUUUGCUAACCAACACUGUCUACCCUGUUGAUCCUUUGACAGUUGAUGGUACGACCGUGAAGCUUCUCUUUGGAGAUUCUGGUGUUUGGCUGGGAAAUAAGCUUGAGACUGGUGACUACAGCACGGUUGAGGCAUUAGAGGAUAGGUGGGUGAUUGCUGCCUAUGCUCCUCGGGGUAUAUGGAAGAUUCUGAACGAAUACGCUCGUGAGCUUGAGAGCUUGGGGUUCGAUUCUAAAGGGUUGGAUCACCUUUUCGCUGCAGAGCGUGCUUCGAUUUCAAAGUUUAAUGCUGAGGGUGAUGAGGACUUGACCUCUGAGGGGCUUUGGGAAGUUGAGUUUCCCUGUGAAGUGUUGAAGCCUGGUUGGCGUGAGCACGUUUUAAGAAAUCACCUGUCCUCAGCUUUGGCGUGUAAAGCCCUUGUGAAGGAGCUUAGCUGUUUUGGAAAUGAUGAUGUAGGCUACGAAUUGAUUCGGACCUUGAAGUCGGUUGAAUGCCAGCGCGAGUGGUAUGAGGGACUUCUGUGGGAUGACUUUGUCAGGAAUUCUGGGAGUAUGUUAAAGGCUUUGAAUCAGGAUGUUCCUCUGAACCCGGAAGACCAAACCAGCCCUGCCGAAGCUUUUCUCCAAACGAGGACAGUAAGCUUAGCUGAGGCAAAGGGUGAAUUGGUGCUAUGGAUACCUUCGGCUACUGAGGAAGUUGUCUCUUUGGAACAAACGAAUGAGGCUGUUGAGCGCAUUGUCGUGUCGGACAUUGAGCGGUUGAUUCAAGAAGGAAAAAGGGUAACCCAGGUUCCAGGAAAGGCAGUCCUAACCAGGAAGGCUGGUGUUGGGAAACGCCGAUUCAGGUGUGUCGCGUGUGGGAACUACAUCCCCACUGGCUCUCCUGAUUCCAACAACCUUUAUGCGAGUGGCGUUGAAAGCUUGACUGUCAGAACGGCAUUAGGUUUUGCUGCUUACCGUGGUUGGGCAGCUUUGAGCGCCGACAUAAGGACGGCCUUCCUUCACGCGCCGUUGGACGGCGAGCUUGAGUCCGAAGAAAUUAUCAUUGUCAGGCCUCCAUCUAUUCUUGUAGACAUGAAAAUUCUUUCCCCGAAUCAUCGAUGGCGCGUGCGUAAAGCACUGUAUGGGUUACGACAAGCUCCCUUGGCUUGGGCCCGGUUCCGAGAUAAGUCAUUGCGGGUGCUGACCUUUCAGUGUGACGGUGCAUGGUAUGCCUUGCAGCAGGGUGUCAGUGAUGAUUCGCUUUGGUUCAUCACUAAAAGCGAGAUUGCCGAGGAUGACACUGAGCGUUGGCAUGGUAUCUUGAUCAUUUACGUUGACGAUCUUUUGGGUUUCGCUUCAUCGGUGAUCCUUAGUGCCCUUUUCGAUGAAAUACAGAAGCUGUGGAAGCUUUCGGAACCCGAGUGGAUUCGGGAGGAGGCUGCCACUAAGUUCUGUGGGUUGGAAAUCCAGGCCCUACAACGAGGAGGGUAUCGCAUAUCGCAGGUUUCCUAUUUGCAGGAGCUUUUUGCAAGAUACGACGUCACAAGCAGUGCAAGUGCGCCCUUGAGUAAUUGGACUGAUCCGGAAAAUGAGCAACAGGUGCAGUUGGAGACUGUCCGGAAGGCGCAAGCCCUGACAGGUGCUUUGCUUUGGGCUUCGUCGAAAACCAGACCCGAUAUUGCUUUUGCUGUCAGUAAACUUGGGCAAUAUGCUGUGAAGGCGCCAAGCAUUGUGAUUGAGAGCGGGCAUCAAAUCCUGCGCUACUUGUAUGGUACGGCGGACCUGUGGCUGGAAUACCAGAAGCCAAGCGACAAUUCCUGGCUUGACGCUCCGGUUCCUCGAACUUUAAAUACUCUGGAGUUGUACACCGACGCUUCCCAUGCCCCUAACGGGGGGCGAUCUUGCCAAGCGAUGGUCAUCCUAUGGGGAGGAAAUGUGUUAUGCUGGGAAUCCUGUCGUCAACCGUUUGUGACUCUGUCCUCUACGGAGGCAGAGCUAGUUGCAGUCACCGCCGGAAUAGUUGCUGCAGAAUCAAUUGGGGGCAUCAUUGAGGAAAUGAUCGAGUCCGACAUCACGGUCUCUGCCUUGUGUGAUAACCAGGCAGCGGUAAGGAUCGAUUCAGCUCGCAGAUAUAGCUACGAAACCACUGUCUCGAGCUAG